CGGAUAAUGACGCAGUGUUGGCAGCACACACCAGAUCACCGACCAAACUUCUCAACCAUAUUGGAACGGAUUAUCUACUGCACACAGGAUCCUGAUGUCAUCAAUACUGAUCUGCCUGUAGAAAGCUGUCCAGCCCUAGAAGAUGAAGGAAGUACAAUAAUGCGUCCAACCAGCUGUAAUGGAAUGACACCUCUUUUGGGCAACCCUUCGCUCCCAGUUAUGCUGGACACACAGACCAUGGAACAUAAGCUAGGUGAUUUUCCUGAGGAGAUACGGGUUGAAAAUCUGGUGAGCUGGAACCUCCGAGCUCCCACUCUACAAUGUGUUGGUGAACCUUUAGACAGUUCAUGGGUCCAAUCAAACCCAAACUCCACAUCAGAGACAAAACCCCAAAUGCCCCACAAACUAAAGAACAAAUCCAAAAAUCUCUGGAACCCAACAUAUGGGUCUUGGGUAAUGGAAAGCACCUGCUGA